AUGGCAGACUACGAAAACCACCACCACCACCACCAUCAACAACAACAGCAGCAAGUAGUUUCUAGAGAAACAGCUUUCCAAGCACUGAACACGAUCAUUCAGCUCCAUUUCGAGAAAACCCUCGAGAAGAAACGUUCCAUUGACCUUCAAAAAAAGGAACUCCACAAGCUAUUCCAAAUCUUCUUCAUCUUCCUCACUUUACUCUUCAUGGCACAAUCAAUCUCGUCUCGUCUUCAAUGUCGCCACUGUUGGAUCCCCAUCACUCUUCUCUCCAUGGCCCACCUCAUCUUCUAUGUCUCUGUAGCACAGACUCUUAGAUGCAUUAAUGGGUUCAAGUAUCAGAGAAGGUGUCACAAGCUUACGCUUGGUUUGGCUACUGAGAAGCUUAGGGAUAUGAAGAUGAGGUUGAGUGGUGGUGCUGAUUAUGAAGCUAUUGGGGAUGAAGAGUUUGAGAUUCAUUAUCAGGAACCUCCUGAGAGCUAUUUUGGUAAGUUUAAGAGAAAUUGGGCUCUUCAUUUUGGCUUCUUGAUCUUGAUCUAUGGUUUUAUGAUCUCUUCCUCUGUUGUUCUUCUUUGUUUUUGA